GGUCGAAGGAUUGCCCGUCGUUGUCGGCUGGAGGCUGGAGGCUUCUUCGGCAUGACUGACUCAAGUUCUCUUUGAGCAAGGAGGAAGUUUGAUUCCAAGUGAGUGGGGGUAUGGACAGUUACUCAGGUGCCAAGCCAGAAGACUUCCGCAGAGGGGCGCCAUGCGUAACCUCCAGGCUAUGGUGUUGGUGAAUGGUUCGCCAUAUAUGAGGAGUGCUAUGUGACUGCACGGUUUAUCAUACCAGGAUUUGGGUUCCUUGGGUAGAAGGGAAUGUUGUGGUACCAGUGCACCUAUAUUCACAUGCGGGAGUGCUUGCGUGCGUGGGAUGUUUUUUGGUGGUAGUAGUCGUGUGCGUGGAGGGGAGUUAUGAUGGCGGUUGUUUAGGGGGAGAGAAAAGAGAGAGGAGGAGGCGGAGAGAGAAGAGAACGAGACGCAGGGAGGAGAGAGAGGAGGUGAGAAAAGAGAGAAGGUGGGAAAGCUAAAGAGGGGAAGACAUGUGAGCGAGCAAGCGAGCGAGCGAGCGAGAGAGAGAGAGAGAGAGAGAGAGAGAGAGAGAGAGAGAGAGAGAGAGAGAGAGAGAGAGAGAGAGAGAGNGAGAGAGAGAGAGAGAGAGAGAGAGAGAGAGAGAGAGAGAGAGAGAGAGAGAGAGAGAGAAGUUCUUGGGUGGGCAUGACACUUGAUUAUGACGAAAAUGACAGUAUCCAGCAGUGCAAGGCUUUGAGCACCCGUCAUCUUACCUUGUGAAUACGAUCGAGCAGGGACAUCCUUUUCACUUUUCGCUUCAUCAAGAAUGUGUCCUCGUCUAUAUGUUGUCAUUUGUUUCCUUAAUGAGGACGAAACUACGUAUACACCCAGUGGAGGUGCACGCAGACAUACAAUGAGAGCAAGAGAGAGACAAACAGGUAGGUAGGUUCAUAGAGAGAGAGAGAGAGAGAGAGAGAGAGAGAGAGAGAGAGAGAGAGAGAGAGAGAGAGAGAGAGAUGUCUGCUUCUUCUUUGAUCCAAGAGUUGGGUACAACAUCGAUCCUGUCCAGAAGAAAAGACCGAUCAAGUUUGCGAGCUUUGCUGUUGCCAUCCUGUUGUCUCAGAGAAUCGGUGAUUUUUCGGUUUCUUCACGCCUCCUGGAGUGCCAGAGGAGGACAUUUUCCUGGAGUGUGCUAUGGCCCGAAGGCCCAAGAUGGUAGUAGAGAUGUGUUCCUACAUCGUCGGUUGAGAGGGAGUGGGCGAGAUCGGGGCAACAGCCUCUUGCCUUCGGCAACGGGAUUGCCAACGUUUUGGAAAUCGACCGAUAAGCAGAGGUCGGAACUUUGGUUUGCUAGCGAGCGACAUGGGGGUAGUAGUUGGAUGGAGAGGAAGAGAAAGGGGAGGAGGGGUGUGACGGGCAAGAGGGCAACAGACGUUGCUUCAGCAGGUCUCUCUCUCACCAUCAAAGGACUGGAGGAGUAUGGCUCUCUGGUUCGUCUGUGUGAUGGGCGGGCCAUAGGUGUUUCCAAGGGACAACCGUCCCGAUCGCGAUUGCAAUCGCCAUUGCUAUCCUCUCUGCGGCCACUGUUUUCCUUCCAGGUUGGCACUUUGAAUGGGAUACCGGCUCCUUGGUCUAAUGUCGCGGUGACUGAGGCCGCGGCCAUGGCUGACACAUUGGCACAGGCUGCUGACGUCGCAGCCAUGACAAAGACAGACGAGGACGAGGAGACAACAGUUGUGCCUUUGACCCGCCGCCAGCACCAUCCCAAUCCCAAUCGCCCUGGUUGUUUAUCUGGACUCGCAAAUGUCGACCCCAGCUCAUGGGAUCCCAAGCAACUUGCUAGGGUUUUUCGGCGGCUGCAAAGGUCAGGAGGUCUGUCAGAAUCCUGUGUCAGUCUGGCCGACUUGCGUUGUCUGCUGCUGAGCUGCUGCCGCCGAAAGCUGGUGGAGGAUGCAUGCGCUGUCCUCAACGGAAUGGAAGAUCUGUUCCUCGGUUCCGUGCCUGUUGGCUGCUACAAGGCGGUGAUCGAGGGUUAUGGCACUGUAGGACGCCUCGGCGACAUGGAGACAGUGUUUGCAAGAGGGAUGGAGAACUGCUGCUCACUGGGAAUGAGGAGGGGGUUGUAUGAGAGUAUGAUCGUGGGGUAUUGUGCAGCGGGGAGGGUCGAGCAAGGGCUCAGUGUCUUCCGAGAGGGCAAGGAGGUAGUAGGCAGCUUGGAUGCCAGAGCGUAUGGAAUGCUUAUCAAAGCAUGCGGAAAGCGGGUAGGGUACGAGAGUGAGGCAGAGAGGUUGUUUUGGGAGAUGAGGAGUAUUAUGCUGAAUGACAACAACCAAAGGAGAGAGACAAAGGGUGGUAGUGUGAGAGAGAGUGAAUCAUCGUCAUCCAGUGUCAGGGAGGAGAGGCAGGCGAGGGUCGUUGCCGCGGCUUACAGCAAUGGUCUGCAGGCUUUGACAAGGAAUGGAAACGCGAGAAAGGCGUGGAAGGUGUUCGACAGAGAUACACACCGCAGGGGAGGAGGAGGAGGAGGAGGGAGGCUCUCCUUUGGCGGUGUGUUGCCCAGCGGCUAUGAGGCAUCAGCUCGCGCUUGCGCGGCAAUGGGCUGGACAGAGACAGGCAUCGACAUGCUGAAGGAAAUGAAGUGGGUGGCAAUGCAGGUCAAGGGAGAGGGGAGGGGAGGAGAAUGGGGAGAGGUGGAAAUGGAAUUCUCCCCCUCUGCUUAUGCUGCAUUGAUCGACUUAUACAUUGCAGGGGGAAGGUAUGCAGAUGUUGUCCAAACGGUUCAGCAGAUGAAGAAGAAGGGUGUGCCACCCACCUGUGCGCUCACAAACACGCUGGUUCGCGCAUGUGCUGAGGGGCGUGGGCAAUGGGUGGGGAGGUUGGUCCGCCUGCUUCGCAGGAGUAGCUGGGAGAAAUGCCGCAUUGCUUGCAUGUUACUCUUCCCCUCACGACAAGCACGCAGUUUACAAUCUAACGGAUCGGCGGUCAGAAAACGGGAGAAAGAAGACAACGUCAUGGGGGCCAGAGAGAACUUGGGCCACGUCUCACGAGCACAGCAAAUGCCACAGGCUACGGAUCAUUGGCCGGAACUCGAGGAAGAGCAUUUCCCUUUUACAGUCACGACGAGUGAAAAAUAUGUGGAGAGGGAAGAAGAGGGGCACAUGGUGGCAGCGGGUGUGCCUGGUCUGAAGGGAAGAGAUGGUGGCCUAGCUCUGCGUGUCCCUAUGAGGAGUAGCGGAAUAGACGGUUAUGUUGAUGGCAAACAACGGAGAGCUGCGCAGGGCCUGGAGCAACGGGAUUUCGAGGACGGCUUCACAGAUGGAGAAGACAAGGAAGAAAAAGAAGAAGGAGGUGGUGAUGACAGCGAUUAUGUGUGGUCCAGGUUAGGUAGAGUGUUUGCAAAGCAGGCGCGCGAAGAGUCGUAUACUGAGAAUGCGUCUUUUUGCAACACGUUGGUAGACGCAUUAUUGUACAGGGGAAUGGUAGGGAGAGCUCAAGAGGUGAUCAAGGCAGCAAGGAAGACAUGGCCAUCGUAUGGAAAAAUUAAAUGGGGCACGCGUGCAGCCAACUGGUCACUGGAUUGCAGGGGACUGUCAGCCGGAGCAGCGCGACUGGUGCUUCUCGAUUGGCUGGAAGAGCUUGCCAUACGAACGAGUCAUUCAGCACUGCAGUUGGACCGGGAGGGAGGAGAGCGAGGUCGUUCUUGUCUCCUUCCCCUUGAUGUAAAAGUAAUCGUCGGCCAUCCGGUGGGGAAGCAGGGUGAUGAUGACGAUGGAGACGGUGGUGCUCGUGAGGGAGGUAGUGUUUGGGUUGGCCUGGAAGGAAGCGGCAGGGUAUCUUCACCGUCCUCCUUGACGGGCGUAGAGAGGCGGGAACAGAAAUUUCCUAAAGUGGGAAAUGUGCCGUCUUGGUCGGGAGUGAGCAUUCUCGCAGGAGAGGGGGGGAAGGAGGAGAUUAGCACGAAGGGGGGAUCACCUGCGAGGAUUAAUCAUAUGGAGAUCCCCGAGCAGCAGCAGCAGGGUUGGAAUCAGCAAAGGCCCUGCUUCCCGCUGUCAAAUGGAAGGGGGGGGUUAGGAAAGGGGGCUGUGAGGAAGUCGGUGAUGGAAGUCUUGACGGCCUUGAACUCGCCGUUCAGUCAGUCUAGAGAAGAUGACAGUGUGUUGGUGGCCGGCGCAUCCUCCAUGAAGAAUUGGCUAAGUUCCGUGAACAUGCCUAUAACAGAGAGAUGGCUCGGGUGCCAGCAGAACUUUCUGGACCAGAGAGCGGCAGUUAGACGGAAUGGAGUGGCAAAACCUUUCAGGCCGAAGAAGGUUGCUGUCAUCCCUGCCAAGGGCAAGUCGAGAAGGAUGCUGUCUAGAGAGGAGGAGGAGGAGGUAGUUAAUUAUAGAGAGGAAACUGUGAAUACAUGGAGAUUGUGAUAUCAACACUAUACCUAAGUGGGCCGCGGGGGUAUGCUCCGUGCCGAUUUCUUGGUUAACUCGGUUUCUUGGCCUUUCGAUGUACAUCUGGACGGUCCAGAACGCGGCAGAGCUCCUUUUUAACUGAAUGCUAGUGCUCGCGUAAGCGCCAUGUACUCGUUUUUUCUUCUCCUUUCUUUGUGGGCGAUCUGGACGUCUGCGGUUGAGUUUUGCUACCGAGCAAGCGUGGCCUUAUUCUCUGGCGGAAAUACGAAGCAGAAAAGUUAACACAGCAGGUGAAAACACAUUAAAAAAAGAAUCAUCACCGUGCAUACCCAUGAACUCUUGAAAAGUAAACGUGGCACGGUUUG